AAGGAAUUCUUAGGAACCUUUCAAUUUAAGAAAAUAAACAGUAAUGUAGGCAUUCUAAUAGGUCAAUGUCUACUACAACAUCUAGUUUUGAAAACUGAAGCCAGCUUGUAAGGUGUAGGCUAAAUUUAAACUUUUAUAGAGUUUUAGAGCUGUUUCAACAAAACAUUUUAAUCUCUUUAGUUACUGACAUUGUUCAUUAUCAAGUAAUCUUAGAUGACGUCUGAUACACUACUUACGUGACUGUUUUAAUGUUGGUUUGCAUUAGUCUCUAAUACAGUAGACAUUAAACUUAUCAACUGAGUUGCUUUUGUUCUUUAUUUAUAGGCUAUAUGCUGUAAACUAUGUAGUCUGCUCUUGAAAGUGAAGCGUCAAAGCAGAAUACUGGUAUUUUCCACACUCAUCACACGCAGUGUUUCCGUAUUCAUCAUGCUCCGAGGGACAGCCCUCUCUGCCGGUGGCUCCGCCUCAGAGGCGCGGGCUGGGCGUUCCCGCCCGGGCAGCUCCGUUCUCCUUCCCAUCCUCCGCCCCCAUCCCGCCACGGGGAGGUUGUGGAGCAAGCGCUGGGCUUGUGCCAGGGCCUGUGCUCGGGCCUUUGCCCGGCGGGAUUACGGCCCGCCGAGAGAAGUGUAGGGCCUGGGCCUAUAAAAUAUGGAAGAAUACAAAGUGUUGAAAGUACUAGGAGAGGGAUCCUUUGGCAGAGUUCUCCUAGUUCAUCAUGGAAUCAGUGACCAGAAGUAUGCGAUGAAGGAAAUAAGACUUCCCAUGUCUUCGUCUGGUGUAGAGAACUCUAGGAAGGAAGCAGUUCUUUUGGCUAAAAUGAAACAUCCGAAUAUCGUUGCCUAUAAAGAAUCAUUUGAAGCUGAUGGACAUCUGUAUAUAGUGAUGGAAUAUUGUGACGAUGGAGAUCUAAUGCAAAAGAUUAAACACCAAAGAGGAAAUUUUUUCCCUGAAGAUACGAUCCUUCACUGGUUUGUGCAGAUGUGCCUGGCGGUGAAGCACAUUCAUGAUAAACGUGUGCUGCACAGGGAUAUAAAAUCUAAGAACAUCUUCCUCACUCAAAACGGGAAAGUGAAAUUGGGAGAUUUUGGAUCUGCACGCCUUCUUGCACACCCGAUGUCGUACGCUUGCACAUAUGUGGGAACUCCUUAUUACGUACCUCCAGAAAUAUGGGAAAGCAUGCCAUACAACAACAAAAGUGAUAUAUGGUCUCUGGGGUGUAUUCUAUAUGAGCUGUGCACUCUAAAACAUCCGUUUCAAGCCAAUAGCUGGAAACAUCUCAUCCUUAAGAUAUGCAAAGGGUCCUACAAUCCACUACCAUCUCACUACUCCUAUGAACUUCAUUACUUAAUAAAACAGAUGUUUAAGAGAAAUCCUCAGGAUCGUCCAUCAGCCAGUACUAUUCUUUCAAGAGGCUGCUUAACCAAACUUAUAAAAAAUUGUUUGCCUUCUGAGAUGAUAAAAGAAUUUGAGCAGGUAUUAAAGGAAACCAAGAAACAUGAAGGCAGUGCAGCAAGACGAAAGGGUAGUGUCAUGGCUGGUGGAAGCUCAAAUAAUAGGAAAGAAAAUAGGCAAAGAGAAGAUGAAAGUAGCAAUCGUAGCCCCUUAGAAAGGAAAAAUAUUACUGAGAGUUUGAGUGAAGGCACAAAGGAACAAAGGAAGUCUGAGCAAGAGGGAGAUAUUGAUUUGUCACAUGUCCACAGGAGGCAAUGGGAAAAAAGGAUAUCCAAUACUGUACUGGAUGUCCUGGAAAAUGCAUCCUUGCUUUCUUCCAGUUUUACACCUGAAGAGACUGAAAGUGGUGGUGUUAUAAACUACUGUGAAAAAAAGCCACGUAAGCAGUGGAACAAGGAAACUCCUCGGACCCUGAUGAACAUUCUCACUAAUGCAGAUGUCAGCCUAGCAUUUAAAACAUACACAAUUUAUAAGCCAGCUUCUGAAAAUAUAUUAAGAGGUCCACUUUCUGAUGAAACUGAAGCAUCUGAUGAAGUAGAUGGUGAACAUGGAGAUGUUAUCAUAGAUUCUGAGAGACUUGAGCCUAGAUCUGAUGAAGAUGACACGGACUUUGAGGAAGACGACCCAGACUGGAUGUCGGAACUGAAAAUGGCAUUGAAACACAGUGACUGAAAACUUGAAUUUACCUAUGAUAAGUGAAGUUGGGUGUGCUGGUCUUUAUAAUCAAAAUAGUUGUUAAUAAUUGGUUAUUAAAAUAAUUUAAGUCAAA